AUUUCAUAAUUGAACUUUACAGUCUCCGGCUGAAUUCUGUAAUGAGUGGUGUUCCUUGAUGUCAUCGGCGAAAGCGUCUGUUUCGCAAUGUAACGUCACUAGUAUUCCCACGAUUUGUCUGGAUAACAAUCUGGAGUUGGGCGAUGGUUGUGAUAGUGGUUUAGGUGGGAAAUCAGAGGAUGAGUUUUACGUUACAGAAGAACAAGCGUUUGGUAUUAACGAGCUAUAUUAUUUUUCACGGCUUUCAUGUAUCAACAGUCAUAAGAAGUUUUUGAUUGCCAUAGUGCUGCUUUCGCAAUGCGAUGAAGGCUACCGUUGUGCUGCACAACAGUGGUUAAAUAAUACUAUAAUAGAGUCGAAAGAAGAUCUUGAUCAAGUGUUCAUCAAUAUCAGCGACUCGGACCACCUAAAGAAACUUCGCGCUACAUCGGCUUCGACGAAUGAACUACUAGACAUUUUGAAAAACCUUACAUCUUUAUCGGGUCUACAAUACAAUAAUGAAGCCUAUCGAUUUGUUGGUCAUGAUUCUGCGCCAGUCAAGCCGGAAAUGGAUAUAUUUAAUUCCAAUACCCGUACUAAGAAUAUGUUCGGCGAUUCACUUCCAGAUGCUGAUGUGAUUUCAAAUAAUUUUCGGUCCAUUAAAAGACAGUACCUAGAACUGGUCAGCAAUAAAUUUGUAUCUUCACUUGCUACUGAUUGUGAUUCAAUAAUUAAAGGAGUUGAUAGUAAUCAUGUUCCUUUGCGUGAAGCGGCAGUACAGACGUCGAUUGGUCAACUUUUUAUCGCAACAAUCCUUCACACAUCCUUUAACGAAGAUGACCGCAAAUGGUUACUGUCAUCUAUUCGAAACAAAUACAAGGGAUUAUCUAAAGAAACCAGUACAUUAGUAAAACAGGGUCCUACGGAUGAUGGGCUUUGUUCAAAAUUGUUUGACUGUCUGAUCGACCUUGGUUUGGAUCUUUCCUGUGCUUUACAACGUAUAACAUCAGAUUCGUCAUCACAUUCAUUGACUUCUUCCGGGUUCUUAUCAGGUUGUGGUAGUUCAGAUAGUCAAUACGAUCUACUCAUGGAGGCUUCUAAUUCUGGAUCACACUCGGGCAAUCAUAACAAUGGUAUGAACACUACAAAAGCAAAUUAUGGUGCACUAUUAACCGUUCCGAAUGCUGAAGUUAAAUCUGGUUUAUCAAACAAUUUUUAUAGCAAUCAUCCCUACUGCCCUUAUCCACUAAGUACAUCAUCUCACUUUUCAUAUAGAAGAUUAUCUGACAUUCCUAGGGUAUCUAACUACCAUUCUUUACACUCUUCACAAUACCAUACUCAAAUAUCGUCAAAUAAUAAUGACCAAGAAAAUAAAACAUCGGAAAUUGCCGAUCUAGGUACAAAUCAGAACUUUUUUACAACCAAGGAUUUUAAUGAUUUGACAACAGUUAGUUCAUCUAGCCUUCUUACGUCCAUUCGAAACUCAAUCGCUGAUACAAAUUGCGGCAAGACUAAUGUAUCUUCAAAUGUUAUUCACCAACAAAGGGUAUCCACUUGCACACUAAGUGAUUCAAGCUCAAUCUCAUCCAGUAAUACAGACCUUGGUGUUUGUAUUCCUCACUCACCUACAUCAAUAUUUUUGACUUCCACAUCACCGGAACUUGUAAAAAGUCGUGAGAAUAUCGUUACGUAUACUAGCGAUUCUUCUCUUCAGUUUCCUACAGGAGCCAAUGGUCAAACUGUCUCUGAUAAUCGUGAAUCCCUGUCAAAUCAACGUUCCGAUUUCGUGAAUGAUCAUUAUCCAUCAUCACAAACCCAUCUUUGUCAACAGCUACAUGAUCAUUUUUCACCGAAUUUCCCUGAAGUCCAAGAUAAAUCAUCUCAUUCUAUAAUUCCAAGGAAUUCGAAUAAGUUAAUAAAUUCUACUGACAUGGAACGUAAUACAUAUUGUGUCACCGAUGAGAAUAAUUUCUUAAAUCCAUCCUCUGGAAUGACAGCUGUCCCAUUCUGGCUAAAAAGCUUACGACUGCAUAAAUAUGCCAGUCUAUUCCAAAAUUUGUCAUAUGAGAAGAUGAUGAAUAUCACUGAUGACUGGUUGAAGGAGCAAAAUGUAACACAAGGAGCAAGAAAUAAGAUUCUAUUAAGUAUUGAGAAAUUAAAGCACAGAAAAUCUACUUUAUGUUUAAUAGAAAAACGUCUUUCUGAUAUACGAUCGACAGAUCAACUAACACAAACCAUGUUACAUUCAUGUUUAACUGAAAUUAAACAUAUUCUAUUCACACCAAUUAAACCGUGUCACGAAACAAUCAAAUCACAUUCUUUGCAUUUAAAUCAAUUUAAUUGUUGCUCGUGCUCUUGUUCACCGACUGCAUCUUCAUCUUCUAUCUGUUCUUCAAUUCCUUCUCGUGUUUCAAUGAAUUCAGAUACAUCAACGACAAAAAGUGCCAUCACAAUAACUGAUUCUACUUGUCCAAUAACUGUUUCACCUCCAAUAGUCAGUAUUAACACUGCUGUUUAUUAUACAAGAAAUGCACUUGUUGGAAAUAAUUAUAAUGACAAUAAUAAUGACUGUGAUAACUGCAGUAGUAUAAAUUCUAUGGAUAAUAAAACAAAUGAUCCUAAUAUCUCUAAUUAUUACUGCUUUUGUCAUACUAACGCUUUGUAUGCUGAAAAUAAAUGUUAUCUUAAUGUAAAACAAUCACAGUCUACUAUGAUGAGUGAUAUUACCCAAGUAUUUAAUGAUAAUGAUAAGUGUUGGUCUCCUUCUAUAACUAAUAUACUUCCAAAUGUUUCUUAUGAGAUUGAAGAUGAUGGUAAAAAUGGCAAAUUACACAGUUCAACACUAUCCUCAAAUUUCAACAAUGAAUUGAUUAGAUCGAAUCAAAAUGAAUGUGGUUACACUAGUGACGAAUGUGUUGAACAGAAAAGAAUUAACGAUGUUGACAACAUGGAUAAUGAUAAUAUACCUGGACAUAUUAUUGCAUGUCUUACAAAAGUAUGUUCCAGUCUAUUGGUCACAGCUUAUCCAAGUGUUAAUUUAUAUGAGGAGUUUCUACAAAUAUUGGAAAUUAUUCUAAAUCAUGUUGCUUUCACAGAACAACAAAAGAAACUUGUUUCGUUUUGGAAACAUCGUAUUAUCGUUGUAUAUGGUCAAUAUGUUACUCAUUCGUCUAAUUCAUCAAAGCCAAAAUCUGAUUUUCACUCUAAUAUUUAUCCUCGACAUAUCCCACUGGUAAAUCACCCAGACACUAGUCGCCUUCGUAAGUUACCAACUACUUUUGUUGGUCAAGAACAACGACUAGGUUCUCAUAUGGGCCAUAGAACUUUUCAUGCAAACACUCUCAUUCCUACUGUUUGUUUGCAUAAUACUCAGGACACUUCUUAUUUUACUCAAGAUGCCUCAGAUGCGGAUUAUGCUCGAAUAAAUAUGUCUUUAAAUAUCCCCUCAACCAUUGAAGCUUCACGACGACAUAGUGCUUCUGUUGGUGAUUCCCGAAAUUGCCUAGCUGUUGGGAGGCUAAACAACAGGCGUAGAAUGCCUAGUCCGAAUUCAUCAUGUUUUUCAGGAAGAGGUGGUAUGUCGGUGAAUCUUCCAUCAAAUAACUCGUCUUUUUCUCAUCACCUUCAAGCAUCUUCAGAUAUGGAAUUAUCUGGUUUCCCAUCACAGUUACCAAAACCACGCUUUCAUAGUCCAUCAAGAUUUGAUCCUUCAACUAGCGUAACUCCACGCAGAAAUUUAAUGCCCGUAGCGACAGCUCCUGUUACUAGAAUGCCUUCACCGUCAGAUGUUUGUCGUCAUGGUAUUUGUUAUAAUGAUUGGUUUUCUAAUAACAGAGGUGCAUUUCCAACGGCGCCUUCCCCAUCAAGUGUUUCACCAAUUUCGUUAUGUGAGGGAUCAUGCCCAGAAAAUGUAACUUCUGACACGCAGAUUAUACAGCAACUGCCUCGAACGCCAAACGUACCAACUUCAAUAUUACCAUACGAAAAUGCCUUUCACAAGGUAAGUACUAUCUGGUUCUUUGUCUCAUAUAACUUCUGGUUUUUAUUCCCUUGUCAGAGCUCCCAUUAUGUAACCACAGCUUUUUGGUUAAGUAUAUUGUUUGAUCGCAGUAUGCUUUACAUAUUGCAGUGCCUCUUAAUUACUUAAAGUGAACUGGGAUAGGGACUCUACUUGUCAAGUGUUACAAUUACAUUCAUUCUGCUUUUUAUCCAUAUGGUUUAAAAAGGUAAACAUUCUUCCUGCAUUUUACUGCCCUGAUAUUUUUCUAAGCAUCAAGUAAAUCAGCUGUCAUCAAAAAAUUUACAAACAUUUUUACAAUUCCUUAUGUAGCAAAUAAUACGUAGCUAGGUGAAACAAAAAUAGUCGAAGAUAUUCAAUAAUUUCAAUACAGUCAUUUUUUGAGUCUGCUACUCUGUAGUUCAGUUAAUAAUUUUACGGUUUAAAUCACGAACUGAUAUUCGCUAGAGGAUCAUUGAAAACCAGGAAGCGUUAGACAGUUAUUUCAUGACCACGUGCAUACAACCACUGCCAGGGAAGUCCUACACACUGCCUUCUCGCGGCGAGGGUGUUCAUUACAAAAUUGAGAGGACGGAAAGCGAAUGUCCGGCGCUUUUACUAGGUUGGUGGUGGGUACGGAGGGUCCACCUAAGGAAGUUGGAAAACCCUGAUUCCAAACCAAUGGUACACAUGGGCUCCAGCAUCCUGAAGGAACAAAUGGCGUAUGAACCAAUCGCUGAUCACCGGCUACAAUGGGACUGCAUAUUCUUACGUCGCUCCACUACCUUGUGGAUCAGACCUUUAGGUCAAAAACUCCGGGUGUGACCCCUUAAGAAAACCACGUGCUUCGGUCUGGGUAGCCAGGCAGUAUCCUAGCCGUCACACGAAUUGAAUGACUUAUGUGGCGCAUAUGUAUUUGAUGCCUCUUGUACCAAUGUUUAGGUGUUUAAAUAAAUAAAUUACAGGACUCUACAACAAUGUUUAUCUAGCGACCCCAACCUCUUCUAUCGAACUCCUGACCUUCAGUUUUGAGCGUGAACACUCAACCUCCGAACCAUUUAUCCGGUACCUGUUGGCGUAUGUGCCUAACCCCAAUGAAUUUAUGAGAGUGUGCAACCAUUUUCCUUUUUCUGUCGUGGAUGGGCUGCCUUCUAUUCGUUGGACAAGACUUCCCUGGGAUUGUCUAUUGAAGAAGGGUGUGCCUGAGAAGUUUAUUAACAUCCUAAAAGCCCUAUUAACAAACACCUCAGGUAGAGUGAGGACAUACAACCACCUUUCUCCAUUGUUCCAUUCAAGCAGUGGUGUAAGACAGGAUUGCACAAUCUCACCAUUCCUCUUCAACUUUGCCAUCGAUGACAUUCUGGAAACAGCCCUGAUGGAUGUAAUUAAUGGCGGUGUGGAUCUGUUGACUAGAGAUAGACUUCUUGACCUUGAGUAUGCGGAUGAUAUUGUCUUACUGUGCGAUAAUGCCCAAGUCAUGCAGUCCGCACUAAACCAUGUUAGUAAUGCAGAGGUUCGGCAUCGUGUGUUCGGGCGCAGAGAUGAUAAUCCAAUUGGUGUCACCAUCUUGAAACAUCGACUUCGGUGGCUUGGACAUUUUCUACGAAUGUUGUCCCAGAAAAUUCCUCGUCAUGCAUUAUUUGCCGACUCUGGUACUGGUUGGAAAAAGCGGAGAGGUGGUCAGUGUAUAACAUAGUAUCGUGGUAUGAAAAAAAGCUGCAAAGGGCUGGCUUGUGUUGGUCCUUCACGACUCCCUGGCUGGGGUCCUAGAGAUGGUGCAACACAGCUAGAGAUGUUAUCAGAUAUGGUUCAGAAUAGAAGCCAGUGGCGAUCCUGCUAUAACCUUCUUUUGCUUUCUUCAUAAAAAGUGACCGUAACUUUUUUAACUGAAAGAAUUCUUUCUGGUUGUAUCUUUCUGUUUCCCUCAUUAUUAUAUUAUUUCACUACCACACAUUAAUUUGUGGUUGUUAUUAUUCUUUUUUUCCUUUUUACACACACCUUGCAUUCUUCAUCUCUUCCCAUUCUCAUUAAUAUUGUGUGGCGCAUAUGUGUCUGGUUCCCCCUUGUGCCAAUAUUUAUGUGUUCAAACAAAUAAAUAUCUCGUAGAUAACUCACGACAACUCAUGACUAGACCCCACUAGUCCAUGACUUAUUACCAGACCUCCAGGAACCACAUUUUGAAGCUAGUCAUUAAUGGGCACUUGAUGAUUAUUAACAUAUGGUUUCGUGAUUUAUAUUAUAUAAGUUCUAUAAUCUUCACCUUCUCCCCUAUACUAGUAACAAUUUUAUAUUUCGAAGUUUUUUCACGCAUUUUUAAGGUACACCAACUGUUGACAUUAUAACAAAUAGAUAUAGGCUUUUUAGGUUACACCGCAGGUUGACUUUUUCUAGAAAACCAUUGAAAAACAAAAAGCACUACAUCGCACCAUUGCAUACCCAUUUCUCCAUCAAUAGUCAAACUCAAAACUCACUGUUCACAAAAUUCGUGUUACAUCUAGACCACUGACUUAGCAUCUUAAUAGUUCAUAUUUCUAGUUUAAAUAAAAAGCAGAUGUCAUGUCCCACCUGGUUUCCAAUGAUUAUCCAAGUAAAGUUAAUAUGUGGCAUAAAAAUUAACCAUCUCCACAAAACUCCUAUCCUAAUAAAAAUAGAAUAAUCUCUUAUUUUCAUAGUACUGUGUAUGUUCGAAUUUUGUUAGGUAGAGUUUGAACUUUGCUAUUUCCAAUUGUUUUUUUUUUCUUCAUAAACGUAAUUCUUACUGUUUUAUACUUAUUUAUUGUGUUAAUAUAGACUUAUAGUUCAUGCUUAUGCACACCUACUAAUAAAGCAACCACACCUCAUACAUUGUUGCCUUUAAGUUCACCGAAUCAUUUAAAAAGCUUGCAUCAACAUAUUUUUCCUAAUUAUUGCGAAAAUUCUGGAAGGUUCUUAACUUCAAAUUAUCCAUCAAUCCCAUGUAUUCCUAAUCCUAUCGUAAUUGGAAAUGUUUAUCAUACAUUUGGUUCAUCAUUUGGAGAGAGUCCUUCACAAAGUGUUAGUCAUUCUAACUGUUCAACAACAAUAAGUUCAUCACAACAAACCGACUCAAAACUUCCUGGGAUUAGUUGUUGGUCGACUGAUCCCUAUUCACAUCAAAUUAAUCGAAGACAAACCGAAUAUCAUGAAAUACCUCAAUGUAUGCAUAAUAUUUAUGAUUUAAAUAAUGAUAAUACUAAUGAUAAUAAUAGUAGUAAUAAUGAUUUGUUAGUGUUUGUGGAUAAUUAUAUCGCAACUGCAGAGAAUAACAUGAUCGGAGAUCCAUCAGAUUCGUCAAAUGAUCGAAUUAAUCGAGAUUUAGAUCUACUCACACGUAAAGUAACGGAACAUGCUAUUGGAGGUUUCGAUUCUGUGACAGAUUAAAUGAAGCUGUCCUACUGGAUAUUAGAUAAAUACCUACGUUUUCGUCUAGGUUCAGUUGAUGCCAUUUACUAUAUAAUCAAUUAUUCAUUUUUUGAAUUAUAAUCUCUUUUAAUACGCUUUUCAUCCUUGUCAGUUUGUGUUCUAAAUCUGUUUUAAGUUGAAUUAUCGUAAUUGUUUUCUUUUUAUCUAUCUUUGCAAUGAUAUCAUUUUUUCUGUUAUUCAUUGUUGUAACCUAGUACUACUUGUGCUCUUUUAUGAUAUUGAAGAGUCUAACUUAUCAUUAUUUUAUUUCUUCAAGUGUUAUUAUUAUUAUGCCUAUUGUCACUGUUAUUCUUAUUACUUUACAAUAAGUCGUCCCAGGAUUUUGCAAAAUGCGCUUGUCAAUCUUUUUUAGUUUAUCAUUAUCGCUUGCAAAUGUCGAAUUUUAGUAAAUGAUUUUGUCGGCUGGUAUCGACAUUUAUUACUAAUUAUUUAUUUGUUUCUAACUUUAGAUAUUCUGCACUGUGUGUGUCCCUUACUUGGUUUGGAAAGUUACUUGUUUUAAUUUGUUAAGGCGGGUCCUUUAAAAUAUGAUUCUUGUCCCUUUCCUCUACCCAAUGUUUACGUGAAUAUAUAUGCAUUUGUAUGCCAAAAAAAAUACAGACAUACAGGUAUAUCUAGCUUCUCAAAGUUUCUCUUUGGCUAUUUUUGCGUUCGUUAGUGCUUAAGACACACAUCGCAUUCAGCGACUACAUCAGCAGGAUUAACUUUAACACUGGGCGAUAACAGAAUCAUUUAAGUGGUCACGGGACACAUCAGCCAGAUAAUUUCACAGAAGGCUAACCUGGGGUGCCUGUCAAUUACUAGUUCUGAGUUCUGCGUUGAAGAUAUCGAACAAGCUAAUGGCCAUUCCCAGUUGAUAAGAGAACAGAGCAUAAUUGGUAAUCCCAUGCUAUUUACGAUGGACUAAUAAGUUGCUUACUUAGUGCUAUUCGAGGUCUACCAGAAAAAAGGAAGAUAUUCAACAAGCAUCAGGUGACAAGCAAUUGAUUACAAAAACGUCUAGAUUUAUCAUAAAUGGACAAUAACCUGAAACUCUUCAGAAAGUGCUCAAGCAACAUUGUUGUCGUGAAUUAUUGUGUGCCGUGAACGUCCGUUGAAGAACGAGCGGAUAUUUCUGAAUCCCUUAAAUCCUACAGAAGGUCCACAAAGUUCAGUGUAUUAGUCGUUCAAAGUCCUUUUUGGCCGUUUACAGAUCAGAGGACUGGAAAUUGUGAACAGCAGCUCUGAGUGCCAACUAAACUAAGUAGUAUAAGUACCUUGACUACAUGUACAGAAACCAUGUGUCUCACUGUACACUGCCUUGCAAGCUUACCAAACCGCGUGAUUGUGGAAUCUCGCUCGAAAUGUUCGGAGACAGACUACACAAUUCAGAGAACUAUUGACAAAACUCUUCAGACUUUGAUAAAUUCUCUAUUUUAACGGAUGGUAUCAGAUGACUGGUCGCUUUUCACAGAACAACCUAAAGAAUUUCGUGACUGAGUGAACCGUGUUCAUUUCUCGCUAUAUGACAGUUUAACGAGUGUGAGAGGCAUUUCAUCCAGGCAUGCAAAUGUGCGCUCUUUAAGUCCAAGUGAAUCCGUAAAGGACAGGAAUUUGUAAAUAACCUUCCACUAAAUCCAGUAAGAAGUUAAGGUUAUCUACAUUCCUGUGUCCACGCUACAUAUCCUUUUCCCUACACUGAAUGAUAGAACACAUUCUUUUUUAAGUAAUGUAGCGGUAAAUUAAUCCCCAAAAUAAAUAGCUCUAAGUUUUCGACAUUGGAUACUGACCAUAUGUUUUAGUGGACUCAUCUAGCUGAAGGUGCUCGGUCAGGCAUCCGCACCAGAUCACGUGUGGUAACGCCGUGCUCAACAUCAACCGCAAUCGCUAGCCAGAUUAGAUCAGAGAAUUCCGAUAUAUUGGUCAUCGCCAAAUAUACUCUUCCGAUCUCCUCGACUUUGUCUUUUGAUUUCUCUGGGUGGGAACGAAAUACAUUAGAAGAUGUUACUGGUAGAAGCGUUGUCAAACACUGAAUACCUGUGACAUCAUCAAUAACAUUAGCUACACCCAGUGUUGUAUGCUAAAGGUUAUAAUCAACAUAGACCGAUGAAUAUAUGUGCCUGAUCCUACGGUGUAGCCGACUAACUGACUGAAAAAUUUAUCAACCAGACGGAUAGUGUUUGGGACUUCUUUUCUUCCUAUUGUUUGUCUCCGCACGGUCAUCUAUUUCCGGUCACUCAGAACAGCCACAUCGAGACCAUUUAGAACUGUGACAGUUUUAUCCGUGUCUUCGAGCACCACUUUAGAAUCACGACCUCGAAUAUUCAGUUACAUUUCACUUUUUUUCACGGGAGAUUUUCCUUUUCCAUAAUUCGCAGUCAAGUGUUUGACUCGAACAGCAAAUAUACGAAGCCAAUGAGAGUUAAGCUUCGAGAAUCUAUUGUAUGCGAUGGGACUUAAACUGAUACAUAUCUUGUGGAACUGGUUUUACACAUUACAUUGCAUUCGUUUCUCCACAGGUAAGAAACAAUUUGGCUGUCCCUGUUUAUAAGUACAGCCGACCAUUGUAAACGGAUUGCAAGAG